AUGUCUCCCGAAGCGACACCCCCGCCUCCGCAAAAUGUACACGAGCUGGACAUCUCCAAGUUGCAUGCGCUCCCCUCUGAGCAGCAGGAGCUCUACAUGCUCACAUUCACUUCUGACCUAGUGCAAUAUAUAUCAGGACUGGAAUCGGCACAGGUGUCAUCGCAACAGAAGGAACUUAAAAAGGAAUUGUUCAAGAUAUUGAACCUCCCCUCGCCAACGAUCACUCGAGUCCUCCGCAAUAACCUCGGGCGAUGCUUUGGCGCAAUACUCAGCAAAGGAGAUCGCGGGAUCCUCUUCGAGACGAUCACCGACCUACUUGCCAUAUUGAAUGCCGGCAAGACUGAAGCGGAAAUAAAGAUCAAGUUCGCUGCGGCGCAUUGUCUAGGGGAGGUCUUUGCGACAGCUGGCGAGAGCGCGUUCAUGCAAUCCAAUAUCGCAACCUCAACCACACUCAAGCUGCUGAAGUCAGUAAGCAAUCACACAGGAUUUCGCGGUGUUGUCUUUGCAGUCCUGCGCAAGAUCGUGGUCGGGAUUGGGGUCCCUAUUGACGAGGCAACAGCCCGUGACAUUUGGAAGCAGGCCCGAAACGCAGCUACCAGUGACAAAUCGACUUUCGUUCAGGUCAAUGCUUGUCGCUGCCUGGAGCAGCUGAUUGCUACGACCCCGUUCUUCGAUAACACCAAUGACUUCGAGCAUCUCAAAACAUUGGUGUGGAAGGUUAUCGACAGCCUCGCUGCGCCGGUGCGACAUGCUGGUGCUGCAGUUCUCGGGCGAGCAUUGGUAAAACUUCAUGCCAGCGAUGCGCACAUCACUACCGCCCCCAAGCCGAAGUCUAAGAAGACCAAGCGCAUGUCAAAGAAACCCGGGGCAGGGCUUGCAGACGAGGAAGAGGCGGAGAUGUCAGAGUCAUCCGCACCCAAGAAGACCGACUCCCGCUUGUAUUUCCUUCUUCCAGAUUUGUUGCGGCAACUCUCAACCCAAUACCUCAAGAGCACAACCUCAAAUCGCGCACGAGCCGGACUUUGUAUAUGCUACAAGUAUGUACUGCGAAAUCUAGGCGACAAGAUUGUUGAAGGGCGCUAUGGACAGAUAGCGACCAAUCUGCUGGUCGACUUGCUCAAUCACCCAACAAUCACUUACAAUCGGUUCCGUCUGCUCAUGACUAGGAAAUUCGUUAAAAGCAUUCUUGAAGAUACCAUUGGCCAAGAAUUGCUACGUGAGAACAGCCAACUCAAUGCCGCCAAGUGGUUGAUCAAUGACAUCCUCAAAGACUACCCUCAGGUCAUUCAAGAGCGCCGCGAGCCCAGCAAGUACUCGUUGACGAGUGCGGUCAGCGCUCUUGCAUCUUUGAUAUCAUCCCUUGGCUCUGCUUUCAGCGCCCUGGCCGACAGCUGCAGGGACGCUUUGCUUCAAGUUCUUCCUCAUCCAAGCUACACAGUCCAAGUGCACGCCGCUCAUUGCCUGAGGACAUUUGUCCUAGCUUCUCCCCACCAACUGAUAUCUUGUGUUACCAUUUGUAUGAACAGCCUAAAUAGGGAAAUUGGCCAACUUGGAACACCACGCCAGUCACCUCGUCGCUGCGUCGGCUAUGCAAACGGACUAUCGGCAAUGCUGAGCACCUCCCGCCUACAGCCCUUGUACGGCGCAGUCGACGUAUUUGCUCGUGUUUUCACACAAGCAACAGACCUCCUGAAGAACAGCAGUACUUCGGAGCUCCGUGUUGCCAGUAUACAGAUUCAAGUGGCGUGGAUUUUGAUUGGAGGCUUGAUGCCCCUUGGGCCCAGCUUUGUCAAGAUUCAUCUGUCGCAAUUGAUGCUUCUCUGGAAAAAUGCACUCCCCAAACAUCUUGGAAAAAACAAUGCCGCUCAGCCAGGCCCACUUGAGAUCAGCUUUUUGACUCAUGUUCGAGAGUGCGCUCUCAGCUCUUUGUUGGUAUUCAUGGAAUUCAACGGCAAACUGAUAACCUCAGAUGGCGCAAAAAGAAUUUCUGCCAUGCUGCAAAAUACUGUUGAAUUCUUGGAUGAUUUACCUAAGCCUAAGGCCAUGGAAGACCUUUCACAACGACUCCAUCCUUCCCUCCAGCUGCAAGACUACACCACUAUGGUGCGUCGACGUGUUUUGCAAUGCUUCUCGAAGCUUGUUCAAGUCCACCCGCUUAGUCACGGAGAUAUCAUCUCCCAGUCAAGUCUUCUCGGUUUGGCUAUCUCAUCGUUUGCGGACCCGGACGCACAGUACAAGCACUUGGAAAGCUCGAUAUCUGGCUCUACUGGGCAAUUUGAUGGCCUGUGGGAUCUUUGCGAUAACUAUGGAUUUGGGGUCACUGGGCUUUCGAGAGAGUAUAUCCGUGCUACCUUGUCUGGUACUCAGAAAGAUGACAAGGGGCCUGCUUGGUCUGCGAUUGACUCUGUGGAUCAAGCAGUCGAUGAAGCGUUGAACUUCCCUAUUUGCCAAGCCAGCGAACAUGACGCGCUCCUUUUGUACAAUUUACGAGAUGGCGAUAGACUCGCCGUGGAUCCCCCAACCACCGGAGUUGUCAACUCGGCGAUUGAGUUGUUUUCUCUGGCCUUGGCACUCCAUUCGCCCAAAAUCCAGGAAAGCAGUGUCGAGCAAAUUGCGACUUUCCUGACUUCGCCCACUCUGCAAAGAAAUCCUGGCAGAAAGGCAGCAUUGGUAGUCAACAUCGCAGUUGCGCUAUUGCACACGCUCAAAGUGGCCGUCAAGGAGACGAAUUUUGUUGCUGGCAAACUACACUCAUCUACUGACAAGAUUCUACAAGAAAUCUUGCAGAAGUUCAUUGUUGACUCCGACCCAAUUGUGCGCACCAUCGGUGUUGAAGGGUUGGGGCGACUUUGUGACAGCGCUGGAAACACAUGCACCAAUACACAGGUCAACUGGCUGGUGGAUACUAUUGUGGAGAACAGAGAGCCCAAUGCUAGAGCUGGCUGUGCCGCUGCUUUGGGUUGUAUCCAUGCACAAAUUGGUGGGAUGGCUGCUGGUUUGCAUUUGAAAACCAUUGUUGGCGUGCUGAUGUCUCUAUGCAAUGACCCUCAUCCCGUUGUCCAUUUUUGGGCUCUUGGGGGUCUGGAGAGAGUUGCCAACUCUGCGGGCUUGACAUUCUCGCCGUUUGUCUCCGGGUCGUUGGGAAUGCUUUCCCAACUAUACAACGUUGAUACACACAACGAGGAAGCCUCUGCAUUGGCAACGUCUAACAUUGAGAUGUCAUUCUUGACACCUGUUGUUAUCAGUCGAUGCGUGGACUCCUUGAUCAAUGUUUUGGGUCCAGAUUUGCAAGACAUCGCAAAGACACGAAAUCUUGUUCUGACACUGCUUCGGCAGUUCCAGCUGGAGGAAAACCCAGCAUUGGUGACGGAAAGUUCAAAGUGUCUGGACCAUUUCUCGCUUUAUGCAUCCAGCUUUGUGGACUACUCGGGAUACGUGAAACGCCUACAAAGGGAGCUUCGAGCGAAUAAUUUCCUAAUGCGCGAUGUUGCCGUUCGGGGUCUCAACAAUCUUAUGAAGCGCGAUGCGCCUUCGGUGAUGCAAACGGCAGGUCAGACAUUGGAGGAUGACAUAUGGCUUGCGUUCGAUGAAGCGCCUGACAAUCUAUCCCUCAAGUCAAUGAUCCAGGAUUGGCUGCAGCAGACGGCGCUGACAGAGACUGAGGUGUGGAUUCAGCGGUGCCAAAACAUCAUGACCAAGACCCGCAACAAGGUGGAGCCUCUACCCACCACAGCGGUUCAAGCUACAGCAGCGGAUAUUCCUGACGACGAAGUCGCUGGAUUCGCGGCUGCGGGCGCCGCUGAGGGCCAAGGUGACAUUGCGAAUGAAAGUAUGUCUGGCCAAGAGCUAUUGAAGUGGCAGACUCGCCAUUUCGCUAUCAGCUGCCUCUCCGAACUGCUCGCUACUGUGCAAGAAGCGAUCCUGCCAGACUCUGCUAUCCCAGCAGAGCUGGCUCUUCAGAAGAAUGUAGGAGAUAUCGUGAGAAUGGCUUUCUCCGCAUCCACUGCCAAUGUGAUCGAGCUGCGCGUCUGGGGCCUGAAAAUCAUUGACCAAGUCCUCACCAUGUUCGGCAAGACACCCGAUCCUGACUUCGCUGAAGCUUCACUACUCGAGCAAUAUCAGGCUCAGAUCAGUUCUGCACUGACACCUGCUUUCGCGACUGACUCUUCUGCCGAGCUGGCUUCAGAGGCCAUCAAUGUGUCUGCUACUUUCAUUGCGACAGGGAUUGUCACCAAUGUCGACCGCAUGGGUCGUAUUCUCAAGCUCCUGGUACUGGGUCUGGAGAACUUUGCCAAGAACCCUGAGACCACUGAGAUUGGUGACCUCAAAGGUCUCAACUCCAACGCUCGUGUGAUGGUAAAACUCGCGUUAUUCUCCGCUUGGGCUCGACUCCAGAUCGCCAGCAUCGACCAUGAGUAUUUGACCGAGGUGGUUCAACCAUACAUUGCGAGACUCACACCGUUAUGGCUAUCUUCCUUGCAAGAAUAUGCGCGCUUGCGCUUCGAGCCGGAUAUCUCUGGUAGCUUGGGGGUAAGCUCUAGUGGUGAUUUGGAUGAGGUCUAUGCUGCAUUGAACCGUGAGACUUUGCUCAAGUUCUACCAAGACACAUGGCUCUACUUGGUUGAUGCAAUCGCUGGCCUUGUCGAGAAAGAUAUUGACUUUGUCUUCGAUGCCCUGGAUGGCAAAUUGCAAUUGCCCGAGACCAGCGAGGAAGGAGAGGAGAGCGCAGAAUCCAAGAACAACCCUAAAAUCGAGGAGCCCGAAGGCAAGGGUCACGACAUAAACUACCGUGAAGAGCCUGUAGCAUUUUUCUUCGUGCUCUUUGGGUUGGCUUUUGAAUCUUUGGUAGACCAGGGAACCUCGGCCUCUCAGCGGCUGGAAAUUCUUCAGGCUUUGAAAAGAAUACUGAGGCCAGUGAUCUCUGGAAACGCCAUCUACCAAGAUGCAAUCUUCACCGAAACCAUGGACACCUUCGAUCGACUAGUCUUGACAGAGGCCACCCCUAUCCAGACCGUUAUUGUCGAGAUUGCUCAGAACCUGUCAUUGGAUCACCCAGCUGCAAAGGGCGACCAGGAACGCAGUGACCACCUGUCGGAUGAUAUUGAGCAGCUCUUUGAGCUGACAAGAAGCAUCAUUCUUGUCCUUGCUGGAAUGCUUCCCAACCUCCGCGAGUCGACGCCUCUUGCACGAUUCAAUAUCACCUCAGAUGAGUCCCUGACACUGAUUCGAUUGGCGCUUCGGUCCUUGGUCGACGUUGCAUCCGUGUUCCCGUCAAUUAUUCGCAAUGACCUCCACGCUUGUAUUCUCCACAUCUUCACAACUAUUCUUGCCACGGGGCUUUGCCAAGCAGGAGUCGUUCCACAGGCUCUGCCAAUCUUCAGGCAGUUCAUCCACGUCAUCACACACACAACGGAAGCCUCCGAAGACCUUGCCGUCGUAUCAUUCCAACUGCGUGGGUGUCUUACGCGUUUCCUUACCAUUCUCACCAUCGCCCAGCGACGCGAGUCGGACAUCUCCAUUCCCUGCGCCAAGAACACGCUACUCGCCAUAACCUUCCUUCUUACCGCCGGUGGGCAUGUCAUCCCCCCUCAGGACCCUAUCCUCAUUCGAGUCUUGAAUGAGCUCUUGGACUGCCUUCAAGACGUUGGUCUUGCCACAGUAGCAGCCAGCUGCCUCCGGUCCAUCCUCGUCAAGCCAGGGCCCCGUUACCCCACCGACGAAGUGAUCAGCAGAUAUCUCACCCCCCGCUUGAUCGCUUUCUUGGUUGGCUGUCCUCUGGACAACGGCGAUAUCCCCAGCGACCCGGAGAAUUCUCGCACAGUGGUUGCUCGCACGCUCGUUUCGACCAUCGCCAACGGAACUUUCUCGGCCUCCGAGCUUCCCACCGCCAUCUCCCUUGUCAUGUCGGCUUUGUUGGCCCGCGCCAAGCGUGAAGGCCAGCCCGUGCACCAGGAGUCUGCAGGCCAUCUCCUCGAACUUGCUAAAGCUGAUCAGCUUACUUUCCGAUCUCUUGUGGCUACGAUGAACGCAGAGCAGAAGUCGCUCUUGGAGGAGGUUUUACGUAGCGCAGGUGUUGGGGCUGCUGCUGCCAAAACCGAAGCAGCAGACAAUGCGCCUCAAGCCGCACCGAGUAUCGCGUUGCGCAUGGAUUUCUGA